AUGACUCGGAUAGCCUAUCUCGGACCCAGUGGAACAUACACACACCAGGCUACUAUACAGCAGUUCGGUGUCGAGGACAAUGAGAUGAUUCCGAUGGUCUCAAUCCAGAAAUGUUUCUCCGCGCUGCUGAAAGAUGAGUCAAUAAGCUAUGCCGUACUACCGGCGGAAAACUCGACAAACGGCCAGGUAGUAUUCACGUAUGACCUCCUUCGGGAUUACAUGCUAGAAACCCCGAAUGCUGCACGGGGAUGCAUGCUACCUGGCUUUGCUAUCGUGGCAGAGCAGUAUGUGGCUGUCGAGCACUGUCUGGCCAGCCCCUUGCCGAUGACAGCGGAUGAAUUGAAAAAUGCCAACAUUGAGCGGAUUUAUUCGCAUCCGCAGGUCUGGGGGCAAGUUGGAAAGUACCUAGAGGAGCUGGCGCGGGUCACAGGAAAAGCAUUAAGCCGCUGUGAUGCUGGGUCCACAUCACAAGCGGUUGACCGGUGCCUGCGCGACUACCGCGAAGAUAAGACAGUGACCCUAGCCAUUGCUAGCGCUUUGGCAUGUCGGAUUAGCGGUGCACACAUUGUGCAAUCGCACAUUAGCGACGUGGCCGACAAUACGACAAGGUUCCUGAUCAUACAGCGCCGUAAGCAGGAACCACUUCAGAUCCUUCCGGGCAGGCAGCCGACCCCCUCCGGCGAGCGUAUCCACCUGGUUGCGUUCACAACCGACCGGCAGGGCGCGGGCAGUUUAACGGAUGUGCUGUUAGUGUUGAAGCGUUACGGCAUCGACAUGCGGUCGAUCACAUCGCGGCCGUUUCGGCGCUGUAGCACUAGCUCCAAGUGGCAGUAUGUGUUUUUCGUUGAGUAUAGCGAUGAGCUAGACGUCCCCUGGGACAGCUUCCAUGCGGAAGUGGGUGCGCAUUGCCGCGAAUGGUGCCACUGGGGCACCUUCUAUCGUAACAAUAGGUAUUACAGUUAA